UUAGAGUAGCUGAUAACCGGCCUUGAAUGUCGUUGAAAUAAGCAAUGUGAACAGAACCGCUCCGGCUACAGGAAAGCCUGCGCUACCACGACAAGCCCGCGUAGACUGUAAAUUAACGAGCAGGUUGCGAAAAUAAGCGCUUCAACAUGGGAGGCGGUGGAUCCAAACCGGCCCCGCGUGUGGACCACGAAGCCAUCCGGCGUCAGCAUGAAGAGGAACGGCGGAGGCGGGAAGCACAGCAGCAGCAGCAGCGUCAGGCGGAGCAGGCCCAGAUGAUGAAGACCAUGCAGCAGAUGCAGGAGAAGGCUACGGCCGAGCGUCAACGCGCAGAAGCCGCCUACCGACAGCAACAACAAGAAAUGGCCCAGCAGCGUGCACAGGCCAUGGCGGAGAAAGAGCGAGAGUAUGCUCGCGACCGUGAGAGAGAUCGGAACAUGUUUGAGCGUCGGUUGGAGGAAAUGCGCAGCGCUUCGGCACAAGAACGCCGCCAGAUGGAGGAGGAGUUCCGGCGCCAGCAACAGCGCCUGGACGAGGAACGCCGGCUGGCCAUGGAGAAGCGUGAUCAAGAGCACAAGGAACAGCAAGAGCGGGACCGCGCUGUGUUUCAACAACAGCUGGACGACAUGAAAGACGCCACGGAAGCCGAGCGGCAGAAACUGCAGGCUGACUUCCGCCAGCAACAGGAAGCCAUGGAGCAGAGAUGGGCCGGUGAACGGGAGCGUUAUGAGGAAAAAUUAAUGGCCAUGCAAGACAGUAUGGCGGAAGCGGAAGAGCGGGUGCAAAAAAUGGCCGAGCAGCUGGAGAAGCCUAUCAAGGACCGCGAAAAGAAAAUUGAAUUUGUCAACGGCCUCGAGUUGAAGAUCCAGCAGAACGACUCACUGCUGCUGGUCGGGCCGAAGGGUAUGGGGAAAAGCACAUUCCUUUGGUUGCUCAACAAAGGUCAAAUGCCCAAAAGGUCAAUUCGAGACGGGACUGUGGAAAUUAUCCAUCUGAGUGGGUUCGUCGAUUCCAUUGGACUGCGUGGAUGGACGCCCGAAGAGCUGCUGAAACUGCUGGUUUUGAUGAUUUACGAAGGCAUCCCCACCGAUUUGAUUAUUUUCGGUAAUGAUCGCAUUGAUCUGCCGGUGACGUCCUUAGGUUUACUGGGCAUAACCAAUCCGAUGAUAGUCAUUAUGUCCAGUGAUUUUUGGAAGUUGUACCAACCACCGAACGGUGGUGAACAAAAAAUUCACUUGGUGGAGAAGGCCGACGGGACGCGCUACGUGGAACCCGAGAAAGACUUGGAGUACGUAUACAAUCUGCCGGUGUACGAAGACAUUGAGGAGUUCCAUCUGGGCAAACCCAUAACGCACCACGACGAUAUUCAGCUUCUGGUCAGCCGGCGUAAGGAAGCGGGCGUCUUGCCAUUCCAGUUUCUGAUGGACAGACUGGGAGACGUAUUUACUGUGGGAAUGGACAAUGACAACAACAUGGAAGCCAUUUUCCGUUUUAUCUACAUUUUUGAAACAAAGUACAAGAAAAAUAAAAUAAGAUUUAUGAAUAGCGCUACGUUGCAAGAGUUCAACUAAUUAAAUCGUCGAACUAUUUACCGUACAUUAUGCGAACGUCUGCCUUUUUACGGUGCUGUGAGGAGUUCCAAAUUAGAUUCUAUAUAGUAAUAUUCUACUUAGACACUUGAUGCUAAUUAGCUCGCAAUAAAAUUAUGUUGUACUUACUAAUGUACUGAUUACUUUGUUAACACGGUGUUUUUAUGUUACAUGUUGUAAUUGUUAACACUUUCCUAGCAGUGCCGAUGUACCAUAUUCAGCACGUUUGCAGUGCAUGUACUGAAGUAUUUAGCCAAUUCUUAUCUUAUGGACGAUGUCAAGGCUGCCAAGAUAA